AUGCCGUUGCCAUCUACUCUUCGAUGUGAAGUGACGUCAACAAGCGUUCGAAUUACACCUCUGCUGCCUACAAGAUACUGCCGCCUACAAGAUGUUGUUGCCUAUAAUGUACUGCUAACCCACAAGACAAGAAUAAUCAAGCCCCCGACUACCAGCAUGCAGAUGGACAGAGAGCGAUUUCUCGAGGAAUUUGUAUACGAGGUCGAGAAAGACUUCGACGUCAACAGUACACCUUCAUCUUGGGCAGACACUGGACUAAACCCAGCCCAUCGAUACUGGGGCGAUGAGGACCACCGAUUGGAACUUCCUCAUCCGGAUGAUCCCACUUGCCGUCUGGUCACGUCGGCUCUCACACCGGACAAGAAGUUCAUCGCAGCGUCGAAUGGGCUUGUUAUCAAUCUUUACGAUAUUAAGACAAAAGAGUGUCACAUGGUGUUUCGAGGCUUGACACUGCCGGUACGUGGUCUGGAGUUCAGUCCUUUGCUCACAGAGACAGGCGGAUAUACGCUCAUGAUCUCAAGCUCUGAAUCUGACCGACCCGACAGCGAUAAGAGUCUCAUUCCGGUCACAUCCCAACUGAACGACCUGUGUGGAUCUGCCGUCGCAUCUUCAUUGCUGGAUGCCACCCGCGCGCAGUACAAGAGUGCUCUGGCCAGAUUGCAAGCGACUCUGGAAGCCAAGGACUUGCUGCAAUUGGAUAGUGUCACAGGCGAUUGUAUGAGUAUUAUCAGCUCUCAUGGCGAACUGUUGCUGUAUGCUCGUCCUGACCAGCCUUUCCAACAAGAUUCUUCUCGGCCAAGACAAAAUACAAAGGUUAUCGUCUAUGACCUUGCCAAAGGUAGACAUAAGUUCAUUCUGGAUAAUCAAGGCGACGCCAUCAAUUGCGUCGGUUUUAGUCCCGAUGACAGAAUCAUCGCCACCGUAGCAGGACCUGGGACUCUUCGCAUCUUUGACACGAAAUCAGGCGAGUGCAAACACGUAAUCAGUGCGCCGAGGGGACAGCGCUACAGGAGCAUAUGGUCCCCCGACUCGAAAUAUAUCUUGCUCCAUGGUAUGGCGAAACAGAUCAACGAACAGCGGCAGACCGUCAGCCAGACUGCCUACAUGGCCGUAUAUUCAGCCCAGACAGGAGAGCAGAUUGCACAGUACAAACCCCAGGACCUCGCUCGUAGAUCCGAAGCCAUCAUGACAGCCUGGUCUCCCAGAAACGAUAUCGCCAUUGCAAGCGAAACACGCAUUUUGGUCUGGAAACCAUUCGAGAACACGACCUCUACAUCUCUCUUAGUAAAGCUAGAGAACGCAUUCAUGCGGCUGUAUGCCCACUUCGUCGAGCUCAUGUGGGUCGAAGAAGGAAAGAUGUUGAUGGCCAGGCUGAGUAGUGGCACUAUCGAAGUGUGGGAUCAGGACAGAAACGUCAAGUGGAGGAUCGAGAGACCUCGUGGUCCUGCUCUCGCGCGAAGUGCAAGAGGUUGUUACUGGCUGGACGAGUCAAAGACGCUGGUAAGUCUCGAUAACGAUGCAGCUUUAAAAUUCUACGACCUUUGA